AUGAUUGAUCCGACUAUACCACAAUCGAACAAUAACGCUUCUAGAGUAGACAUCACUCCUGAACAGGGUGACAUUUGCAUACAUUGUUUCGGUAAACCAACCAUGAUGCACCAACCCAUGUUUCCAAGUGGACCCAUACAGAGCGAUUAUGUGAUGAAUCAAUACAACGACCAAGAGAAUUCAAAAGAAAAAGGAAUGUCGCUGGAUACGAGUUCUAAAUCUCCACUCAAUCCACCCUCAUCUAUCCCUUCUCAGUAUAUGGACAUGGAUUUGCGAAGCUUCGUAGUGGUCAACCAGAACAGAAAUUAUCAGGACUUUCCGUCGACGAUUCGACGUACACCACUAGUCGGCCAUCCUAUUUCUGCAAGUGAACUGAAAAGACGUGUUGAAUCACUUGACCCAGCUGUUUACUCACCAAUGAUCGUCAACGGAACGCUAUAUUUCAUUAGCUUGGAUAAUGAUACUCGAACGGCUAGAUCCUCUGAAAGCUUAGCAGAUGAUAAUUCAACUAGACCAGCUGCAGCGUCAAGCAAUAUCGAUAUAGCGGAUGACGUUACUUUCACUAUGAACGAACUUAAGGAUCUAUUGCCGCAAUAUGCCAUAAAAAAGCUGACGAGAUACUACAAGGAAGAACGCAAGCAAAAGCCUUGCGCACCUCCUGGUGACGAUAUUGCAAAACUUCGAGAGGCAUUUACAAUGAUCAGUAAUCUUACGUCGCAUCUACCGUCGCAUCCUGCGUUUGAGACUGUCGACUUGGCCAACGCACAUGAGCCUGAUAUAAUCUACUUACGCAACGCUCUUAACUUGCUUCCAAACCAAGUUCCUCCACUUAUCACAGACACAAGCUCAACCACAACAUCCUUUACCGAUACCAAUACAACCGGUCGAAGCGUAACAGGGAACCCAAUCUCGUCACCAAUAGCUUCUGUCACUGGACUCUCGACACCGUUCACAGCGGCAACGGACGAGUUUGCGCGUUUCAAUGCUGAGACAUCAGUUGAUCUUGGUCCGUAUGACAAUCCAACGAUGAGGGACCACCCACCGUUUAAGGGAACAGCCGCAAACACGGAAUCAAUCCCUACAACUAGGAAUCAUCCGAUCCCGGAUGGAUCUAUUCGGAAAAAUCAAGUCUUGGACAAUUCAACCACUCCUGUCGUUGGCGAGGAUAUGACAAAACCUGAGUUGCUCACGGAAGAAGACCUCUUGGAUGAAACCGGUGCCAGGGAUUAUGAUGCCGGGCACACUCCAGUUCGAUCGUGGAGCACAGAGACGGCAAUCAACGUUGAUAAAGAAACAAUUGCGGAAAUUUUAAGAUCAAACACUUCUAGACACACAGGAAGUCCGUUUCCCAAAAACCGCAUGGAAAUGAGAUCAGACAGCCCAGAAAAGGACGUCUACACUGCCUAUAGUAUUGAUGGAAAGUACCUAUAA